AUGCCUUCCAACGGCUCAUACCAGAACCAAAAUCACCCGCACUUCGGGUGUUGGACAGGGCCAAUCCACCGGCCUUUAUUGUACCUCAAGAGAGCCAGCGCAGCCGCGUCAUAUCCUGUACGUGGCAUCUGGUUUUUUGUUCGAAACCGCGAAUUUUGGCCUCUAUUCGUGAGCCGAAUUCUGCCUCUCUCUCUCAUGUCCUUUCUUGUAUACUUUGUUCUUUUCACCUUCACUUUCCUACCUCAAUAUGCCUUCUUAGCCAUCUUUCACGGCUGGGGCGCGUGGGUCAAUGCUGUGGUUCUAGUGCUGGGAGAGGGAUUGGUCAUUAUCCAGGGUCUGUUUGAAGGCUUUUUUGUCGAUGAAUGUCGCGUGGAUGUGUUUGAUGCAACUCUCAUCAAGCUUGGACACAAAGAUCUCAUCGCGCCUCAGCGAAUUCUCUUCCUGGACGCGCCAAACCCGGUUAGGAUGCUUGGAAAGCCCACCACUGAUGCCGUAUACACGCCGUGGAGCAUGAUCCAAAUCAUCGAGCUCAUUGUCUUCUUGCCGCUCAACUUCGUCCCCGUGGUCGGCACGCCCGCUUUUAUUAUCAUUACCGGAACACGACUUGGCAAACUUGCACAUUACCGUUGGUUCCAGAUCAAAGGUUUCUCAAAGGUUGAGCAGAAGCGGGCGUUGAGGGAUCGUGCCUGGGAGUAUGUUUGGUUUGGUACAGUUGCCAUGAUUCUUGAGCUCAUUCCUGUCUUGUCGCUCUUCUUCCUCUUGACUACCACGGCUGGAGCGGCCCAGUGGACGGCGCAGAUCGAGGAUGAGAGCAAGAGUCCCGCCGAACACGAACGGACGCAUGAAGAGGAUACUCAUCCUGAUGCACCUCCCCCUUACACGGAUGAUGUUGUAUGA